AAAACACCCUAACCACUUGAAAUCCUUCUCAAGUACUUGCACAUCUAAUACCAUGUAGCUGCUUUCUUGCAUAAACAGGAAAAGCAUGGUUUCAUGAUGUUGUUGUAUCUAAAGAGAAGCAAGCUGCCCGAGCACAUUCAAACUCUGCAGCAAAGAUGAAGAACUUCCUGCCAACGUUCCCGAUUAAGAAGCUCGGCACCUACGUCGCAGUGAUUGUGAUUUUUGUUCACAAUGUUGUGCUCGACAAAGAUUUGGAGUGCUCGUGCAAACAACAAGUUCUUGACUGCAACUUCUACAUGAUUAUGCCGUCGUUUCUUGUAUUUAUUUUACAACUCUGGACGGACACAACCUUCCCAAGAGCCUUGAAGUAUACAUGUGCCUGUACAUGUGCCUGUCCAUGUGCCUGUCCAUGUGACUGUACAUGUGGCUGUCCAUGUGACUGUACAUGUGGCUGCAAGAAACGGUGCAAGCUGUUCUGCGUUUUGGUUUAUCACAUUGUCAAGGCGGCGCUGGUGGCCCUGCUGUGGGUGUCCUCCGUGUUCAUCGAUGGAGACUGGUUCGUCUGCUGUCAGAACGAUCAGUCGGACCGGCAGGCCCAGCUCGCCUGCAAGGAGAAGAACCAGCUCACAGCCGAGGACCGUGCAACCAUCGCCCAGCUGAAAAACCGCUCCACGCUUAUAGGCAUGUCUCUUCUCUUCUGUAUCCUGUUGCUGGCUGCCUUGUUAUCAUCAUUUGGACUGAUGAUGUGCUGUAAGGAUUCAAGUUGCUGCAACAGAAAUAUUCUGUACUAUAAAGUGAUUUUGGAGGAGGAAGAAAAUGUGCUGAAAGAGAUUUUGACAAAAGCAGCAAAAGAACAGUUGACUGACGCAGUCAAGUCGAAGAUGGAUAGACCCGAUUGGCAGAAAUGUUUUGAUGCUGCUAAAGAACUGAUUGAACAACCCACUGCACCUAGAUUUCCUGAAGCAGCCGAAAACCAGGAGAACGGCGUUCUUCUUGAACAUUGGAGACCAGAGGAUCGGAGACCAGAGGAUCGGAGACUAGAAGAUCAGAGACCAGAGGAUCGGAGACCAGAGGGGGGUCAUCUUUUGGCGGGAGAGGAGGAGGCUCCAGUUUCAGCCGAAGCCCGCCUAUGAGAUGGAUCUUUCAUGGUUUACGCAACACAACAUACUGGAAAGAAAUGUUGUGUUCAGCUCAAAAGGUUUUUACCUAACCAUUUAAUUAUAUGCGGUCUUUGUGUAUUUUUUGCACCAUUGACCUUUCUCUCAUACUGGAACAUCUCAAAGACUGCGUAAGUGGUUUCAUUCCUACUUCCUAGAGACAUCUUGUAGUGUAGCAUCGGUAACUCCUAGCUAUCCCCUGUGGGCAUGAAGAGAAGAUCCAUCCGUACGCUGAUGACACUCACCUCUCUUUCAACCAAAAGGACCUUUAUCAAAUGAAUUCACUAUCAAAUCAUUAACCUUAAAGACUGGAGGGUUCAGAUCUUCUGGCAGCUAACGUAGACACGGGGGGAGGGAGGGAGACUCUGUGUUGUCAUACAGGACCACGGCAACGGGUGCAACCACAAUCCGAGGACAGCAAGUGGGGAAUAAGCUAAGUGUUGAAUAAAAGAAUAUUAUUAGUGUGCUUUCACAGGUGCUGUGGCCUGAAUUCACGAUUAACUUUCUACGGCAUAACGUUUUUUAUUAAUUAUUUCAUAUUCAGUAUUCAUUCAUAUUCAUUCAUUCACAUGUUUUAUUUUACUUAUUCUCUUGUGUAACUUCUUGCUUAAUGCUGUACAACAUUUACAUUGUUUUUAUGAUUCUUCCUCUGCCAUUUUAUUUGUGUGAUUAAGCAAUGUGUAACUUUGUUUUGAAAUGUGCUAUACAAAUAAAGUUUAUUAUUUCCUGAAUCU